AUGGAGUGUUGGUUGUUGUACUGCCAAGUCUUCGCCGAUGACCCAGACUUCUUCAACCAAGUCAUGCCGAUGUGGACGCCAUUUCCGACACCACCCCUGUCUGAUACUGAGAAUGACGUUUAUUUUGAUGACUGUCUUGAUCUCCUCUAUGACCGCGAUUUUAUGCCCGAAGAACGUCUUCCAUUGGAAAUUCAUGAACUUCAUAGUUCACUGACUAAACCAGUCAGUCCUGUGAAGAAAACUCCUCCUGUCCCUGUCCCAGUGAGCAAUACUGCUCAUAUGUCGUCAUCUGAUGCAGCUGUGAUGAGUUUGCUCCAACAAGCUCUUCAUAACCCUCCACAGGCAUAUACUCCACCUCCAAUUGCGAAUAGCCCCGCUCCUUAUUCCCCAGCUGAGUUCGACCAGUAUAUGCAAGGAUAUGAACUCAAAAACGAUACUCUACCAGAAAGUCGAUCAACAAGGAAAGAACGACGUACUGCACCACGCCAACUUGAGCAGAAAGGACGUGAACUGACACGACCAGUAACACCACCACCUGCCGUUAGAGAAGAGUUAGACUAUGACGGACCUGAGUGGAAUGUUAUAGAGGAUCAGGCAUUGCUUACGGCUAUUCGAAACGAGGAUAUUAUGUGCCACAAUUUUGAACGAACAAAAACAUCACUGCGAUAUAAUUGGGAGUACAUCUCUGGAUUUGUGAAUAGAGUAACAAGAUUCUACAGGUGA